UCAAAGUUGUAGAUGUAAUUACGCAGAGAUGUCUUUAACAAUGGAUUGUGUGGCUAAAUUGAAAAUUCUGUUGCUUGGUGAGAGUGGCGUUGGUAAAUCUAGUAUUAUAUUAGCGUUCACAAAAGGCGACUACCAAGCACAGUUCCCUGCUACAAUCGGAGUGGACUACAACCAUAAGAUUAUGGAUGUAAAUGGACUAAAAGUUAAACUCGGAAUUUGGGAUACGGCAGGACAAGAACGAUAUAGAACUUUAACAACCAGUUUUUACAGAGAAGCGCACGGUGCUAUAUUAGUUUAUGACGUAUCUGAACCAAAAACCUUAGCAAAGUUAAACGAAUGGGUUGAAGAGUUACAAGUUUACACUACGAAUAAGAAUAUUGUCUGUUUGGUCGUUGGAAAUAAAAUUGAUAAGGAUAGAGCGGUACCCCGUGAACACGGUCAGGCCUUCGCUCAGAAACACAGAAUGCUUUUCAUCGAGAGCAGUGCUAAAACACAAGAAGGCAUACAUCUCGCCUUUGAGGAACUGACCCAAAAGAUUAUCGAAACUCCUGGAUUAUGGGAGAAAGACACAUCGGCUUCAAACAUUCGGGUUACAGAAGAAGAAACGAGAGGACAAGGUGGAUCGUGCUACGAAACAACUUGUUCCAUAAAAUAAAUGUUAAAAAUAACUGUGAUCCGGAGGAAUAUCAGAUUUUAUAUAAUAUCACUGAUUCGUAGAAUCAAAUUUAUAAUCGCAUUAAACUGGUAAUGUUAUUAUUACCAAUGAAUUGAUAUAAUCCGAAUGAAGAUUAAAUUUAAAAUAACUUUACAGUUUUAGUUAAUUUAAAUUAUGUCUACAUCUCGCGAAAACCGAAGAAAAUAUCAUUAAAGAGUAAGAUUAAAGAGCACAGCACUAAAAAAAUUACCAAUUAAUUGGUAUCAAUAUAACUGAUGUUAUUGCUUUUUCGUUAAUAUUUUAGAUAUAAUUGCGAUUAAAUGUUAACUCUUUGACUGCCAUUUAGGUCACCGGUGAUAAUGUUAGGCACUUAGUAACAGAAAUCAACAUAAUUGCUUCAGUGCGCCGCGUAGGUCACCGGUGACCUACACGGCAGUCAAAGGGUUAAACAACAUUUGUACAGAAUAAUGUGUGUCAUAUGUGUUGUCUGGGUUCAAAUUAUAAUUGUUUUCAUUUG